UACCCUCAGCACAACUUUGUUAUCAGGUUUGGUACGGGCUUCUGCUUCACCGUAGUGUACGCAGCCCUGCUGACGAAGACCAACAGAAUAUCCCGCAUCUUCAACGCCAGCAAACACUCGGCCAAGAGACCUAUCCUGAUCUCUCCGAGCUCGCAACUUGCGAUCUGUGCUGCUCUCGUGUCUAUUCAGGUGCUAAUAGUAGUGGUAUGGAUGAUAGUGGCACCAGCGAAGGCCAUGUUCCACUAUCCUACGAGAGAGGACAACAUGCUGGUGUGCGACUCCUACGUGGACGCUUCCUAUAUGAUAGCGUUCUUCUACCCGAUCGUGCUGAUUGUUAUCUGCACUGUGUAUGCUGUGCUCACCAGGAAGAUCCCCGAGGCCUUCAACGAGAGCAAACAUAUCGGUAAGUUGAUAUGACAUUUUUUGUACGUUGUUUGGCUGGAUUGGUAAAAAAACUA